CACCGUUCGGUUGCGCAUGCGCCAUGGUGCAUGCUGCUGACCAGCCUGGAGAUCCCGCGAGGUAGCGGCCUUCACCGGAGACCGGCAGUUGAGGAGUAUUGCAGCAGCAACAUUGAAAUGGGAAAGAAAAAGGAAAGACAGAAUUCUCCACAGGACGAUGAGACCUCUGAUAGCUAUGUGCCACAAUGUUUACAUGUUCGUAAGGGAGUGAAUCUAAACCAGAUUAAGAAACAGUUACAUCAGCGCUGUUGGAAUGUUUGUGAAGACUGCAAAACGAAUGCCAAAACAGAGGAGAAACAAGAACUUGAUGACCAUCCAACAGUCUGGUUAUGCUUAAAAUGUGGGCAUCAGGGUUGUGGAAGGAAUUCAGAAGAACAACAUGCCCUUAAACAUCAUGAGAAGCAGCAUUCAGAACCACAUUGUGUGGUUCUUAAUUUGGACUGUUGGACUGCAUGGUGCUACUUAUGUGAUGACGAAAUACAUUAUGAAGUCAAAGAUCAGUUAGGUCAAUUUGUAGCAUAUAUCCAAAAAAAGACUGCUGACAAAUGUGUAAAAGGAGCUAUGAUGGCUCAAACAAAUGAAAAAAAUAAGGGAAAGGAAGAUAAUACUACAGAAACUGGGAAACAUGAGAAAGGAAAGUCUGUGGCGCAAAUCAACCAACAGAUAUCAGUGAAAGGACUCAGCAAUCUUGGCAAUACUUGUUUUUUUAAUGCUGUCAUGCAGAUCUUAUCACAGACCUAUGUACUGCAUGAGUUGAUUCAGCAGUUAAAAAUGAAUGAAACUACACUGACAAUUGUGACACCUGAUUCUUUAAAUUUGGGACAGCUAGAGAUUCACCUUGAUCAACCAGGACCACUGUCAUCAGCAAUGUGCCAAUUUCUUCUUGACUUCCAAGAUACCAAAAAGAACGUUGUCACUCCAAAGGAGCUGUUCGCUCAGGUCUGUAAAAAAGCUGUACGAUUUAAAGGAUUCCAGCAGCAGGAUAGCCAGGAGUUGCUUCGUUACUUAUUAGAUGGAAUGAGGACUGAGGAGAUCAAAGUAAGUGUACUGCAGUGGUUAUCAGCAACUGUUUGUAACUAUUACACUGAAAUGUAAACCAGAUGAGUGACAGUGAGCUGAGGGAUGAAUAUUAGAAUUACAUUUAACAAUAAGUUGCGAGGAUUUGUUCCAGCUUUACGAAGUAGCCUAUUAACACGAUAAGUGUGAGGUAUUCUACAUAGGCCAAAAUACAUGGGCCUUACCUUAAUAGUGACUAAAACUAGGUGUGACGCUCAACUUUCAUUGCCUGGCCA